AUGCAUCGGAUGAAUAUAGAGAUGACAAAAGGUCUUAGCACACCUAAUGAUCCAACGAACGAUCUAAAGAUGCUUAAUACAUAUGUCACUGACUUGCCGAAUGGCAAUGAAACGGGAAGAUAUCUGGCCCUUGAUCUGGGUGGAACGAAUUACCGAUUGCUACUAGUCACUUUUCAUGCACCUAAGACACCUCCAUUAAUCGAAGCAGAUGUGUAUACUAUCUCAAACGAGUUGCAAACAGGCAAAGGCGAUGAGACGCGCAAUCUUCUCGACGUUCCUCUUGAUUUAGGAUUUACCUUUUCCUUUCCUGUCAAUCAAGAAGGACUUAGUAGGGGAACACUCAUUCGCUGGACAAAGGGUUUUGAUGUACCCGAUGUGGUUGGAAAAGAUAUAGUUGUUAUACUUAAUAAAGCAAUGACCGAUUUGGGACUAAAAGUGACUUGCCGAGCUCUUGUUAACGAUACAGUUGGAGCAUUGGCCUCCUGUGCCUUCUUGGAUCCAGAGACUGCGAUUGGUUUAAUUGUUGGUACUGGCACCAAUGCGGCAUAUGUGGAGCAACUUUCUGCAGCCAAAAAAAUAACUGACCUGCCGAAGAGUGCGCAGUCGGUUGUCAUCAAUAUAGAGUGGGGUGCGUUUGGAGAACAUGGAUGCCUUGAGGAAUUCGCUACAGAAUUCGAUGGAUUAGUUGACACCGAGUCAUUAAAUCCCGGAAAACAAACAUUUGAAAAAAUGAUUAGUGGCAUGUAUCUUGGUGAGAUAGUGAGAUACAUAUUAAAAAAGCUGGCAUCGGAACGCAUAAUCUUUGAGGGUUUGGUUCCUGAACGGCUGGAUGUCAAGGAUGGAUUUCCUGCAUACUUUCUAAGUGAAGUUGACCGUGAUCCGACCCACCUUUUCUAUAGCACGGAGUACAUCCUUCGUGAGGCAUUUCGAAUGACAAAGUUUACUACUGAAGAUCUAAAGAUAGUUCGCUAUGUGUGCAGUUCUGUAGCCAACAGGGCUGCAAGUUUCGCUGCUUCAGGCGUGGCGUGUCUUCUUAAUCGCAUUGAUCGACCUCGUACAACAAUCGCAGUAGACGGAUCUUUAUUUAAAUUUCAUCCAACUUUCGCCCGCACAAUGGUUGAAGUCAUCACCAAACUUAUACCACCUCGCUGCACUUUUCGCCUUAAGCUUUCGGAAGACGGCAGCGGCAAAGGUGCAGGCGCCCUGGUUGCAGCUGUCAAACGCGCAAUAGUGGAAGAUUAG